AUGGCCCUGCCCUGGCCUUGGCCCUGCCCUGGCAUUGGCCCUGCCCUGGCCUUGGCCCUGCCCUGGCGGUGGCCCUGCCCUGACGUGUGGCCCUGCCCUGGCCUUGGCCCUGCCCUGGCGUGGCCCUGCCCUGGCCUUGGCCCUGCCCUGGCAGCCAGCCCUGCCUGGCCUUGGCCCUGCCUGACCUGGCCCUGCCCUGGCCAGCUGGCCCUGCCUGGCCCUGCCUGGCCCUGGCCCUGCCCUGGCCUUGGCCCUGCCCUGGCGUUGGCCCCUGCCCUGGCCUUGGCCCUGCCCUGGCGUGGCCCUGCCCUGCCCUGGCCUUGGCCCUGCCCUGGCCUUGGCCCUGCCUGGCGUGGCCCUGCCCUGGCCUUGGCCCUGCCUGGCUGCCUGGCCCUGCCCUGGCCUUGGCCCUGCCCUGGCCAUGGCCCUGCCUGGCCAUGGCCCUGCCCUGGCGGUGGCCCUGCCCUGGCCUUGGCCCUGCCUGGCGGUGGCCCCUGCCCUGGCGGUGGCCCUGCCCUGAGCAGCGGCCCUGCCCUGGCCUUGGCCCUGCCCUGGCCGCGGCCCUGCCCUGGCCUUGGCCCUGCCCUGGCCUUGGCCCUGCCCUGGCCUUGGCCCUGGCCUGGCCCCCUGCCCUGGCCCUGCCUGCCCUGCCCUGGCCUGGCCCUGCCUGGCAUUGGCCCUGCCCUGGCCUUGGCCCUGCCCUGGCCUUGGCCCUGCCCUGGCCUUGGCCCCUGCCCUGGCCUUGGCCCUGCCCUGGCCUUGGCCCUGCCUGGCAGCCCAGCCCUGCCCUGGCCUUGGCCCUGCCCUGGCAUUUGGCCCUGCCCUGGCGUGGCCCUGCCCCUGGCCUUGGCCCUGCCCUGGCCUUGGCCCUGCCCUGGCCUUGGCCCUGGCCUUGGCCCUGCCCUGGCCUGGCCCUGCCCUGGCGGUGGCCCUGCCCUGGCCUUGGCCCUGCCCUGGCAUUUGCCCGGCCCUGCCCUGGCCUUGGCCCUGCCCUGGCCUUGGCCCUGCCCUGGCCUUGGCCCUGCCCUGGCCGGCCCUGCCUGGCCUUGGCCCCUGCCCUGGCCUUGGCCCUGCCCUGGCCUUGGCCCUGCCCUGGCUGGCCCUGCCCUGACCUUGGCCCUGCCCUGGCGGUGGCCCCUGCCCUGGCAUUGGCCCCGGCCCUGGCCUUGGCCCUGCCUGGCCUUGGCCCUGCCCUGGCGUUGGCCCCUGCCCUGGCCUUGGCCCUGCCCUGGCCUUGGCCCUGCCCCUGGCAGCCCGGCCCUGCCUGGCAGCCUGCCCUGCCCUGGCCCUGCCUGCUUGGCCCUGCCCUGGCCUUGGCCCUGCCUGGCCUUGGCCCUGCCCUGGCGUGGCCCUGCCUGGCCCUUGGCCCCCUGCCCUGGCCUUGGCCCUGCCCUGGCAUUUGGCCCUGCCUGGCCUUGGCCCUGCCCUGGCAUUGGCCCUGCCCUGGCAUUUGGCCCUGCCCUGGCGUGGCCCUGCCUGAGCGCCCGGCCCUGCCCUGGCAUUUGGCCCUGCCUGGACCUGGCCCCUGCCCUGGCCAUUGGCCCCCCCUGGCCCCUGCCUGGCAUUAGCCCUGCACAACCGCCCAACCCUGCCUGGCCUUAA